GGAAAGAUGAUGUGCGAGGUGAUGCCGACCAUCACCGAGGGAGACUCGGCUGGUCCUCCGAGAGGCACCGGGGGCGUCCAGAACGGCUCGGACCAGGAGGCCAACUUCGAGCAGCUGAUGGUCAACAUGCUGGACGAGAGAGACAAGCUCCUGGAGUCCCUUAGGGAGACUCAGGAGACCCUGAUCCAGUCUCAGACCAAGCUGCAGGGGGCGCUGCAUGAAAGGGACGUGCUCCAGCGGCAGAUCAACGCUGCGCUGCCUCAGGAGUUUGCCACCCUGACGAAGGAGCUGAACGUGUGUCGGGAGCAGCUGCUGGAGAAAGAGGAGGAGAUAUCGGAGCUGAAGGCUGAGAGGAACAACACCAGGCUGCUGCUGGAGCACCUGGAGUGUCUGGUGUCUCGUCACGAGCGCAGUCUGAGGAUGACAGUGGUGAAGAGACAAGCACCGCCACCGUCUGGAGUCUCCAGUGAGGUGGAGGUCCUCAAAGCACUAAAAUCUUUGUUUGAGCACCAUAAGGCUCUGGAUGAGAAGGUGCGUGAGAGGCUUCGGGUGGCUUUGGAGAGGGUGGCCACCCUGGAGGGACAGCUAGCAGCUACUACACAAGAGUUGAACAUGGUGAGACAAAGGAAGGAUGGAGACUCUAUGGAGCGAACAGAUGGAUCCAAACCUACGUGGAAGAGGCUGCCCAACGGCUCCAUAGACGUCCAUGAUGAUGGCAGUCGGGUGGCUGAGCUGCAGGAGCUGUUGGAUCGGACCAAUCAGGAACUGGCUCAGAGUCGUGAGCGGUGCACGACUCUUAACGCCCGUAUGGCCGAGCUUGAGGCGGAGCUGGCCAACGCACGCCGAGAACUGAGUCGGAGCGAGGAGCUGUCAAUCAAACAACAGAGGGAACAGAGAGAGAGAGAGGAUAUGGAGGAGAGGAUAACAACAUUAGAGAAACGCUACUUGGCUGCCCAGCGGGAGACCACCCACAUCCAUGACCUCAACGACAAGCUUGAGAAUGAAUUGGCCACCAAGGACUCCUUGCACCGACAGAGCGAGGAGAAGGUGCGCCAGUUGCAGGAGCUGCUGGAGAUGGCAGAGCAGAGGCUGGCUCAGACCAUGAGGAAGGCUGAGACCCUGCCAGAGGUGGAGGCUGAACUGGCACAGAGAGUGGCAGCACUCUCCAAGGCUGAGGAGCGCCAUGGCAAUGUGGAGGAGCGGCUCAGACAGCUGGAGUCACAACUGGAGGAGAAGAACCAAGAGCUGGGAAGGGCGCGUCAGCGAGAGAAAAUGAAUGAGGAGCACAACAAGCGUUUAUCUGACACUGUGGAUCGUCUGCUCACUGAGUCCAAUGAAAGGCUGCAGCUCCAUUUGAAAGAACGCAUGGCUGCCCUGGAGGACAAGAAUUCUCUUAUUCAAGACCUAGAGAACUGCCAGAAACAGCUUGAAGAAUUCCACCACACCCGGGAGCGGCUGAUUGGGGAGAUUGAAAAACUGAGAAAUGAGAUUGACCAUUUGAAGCGGCGCAGUGGGGUGUUUGGAGAUGGAACUCACCCACGGUCUCACCUGGGUAGUGCCAGUGACCUGCGCUACUCGGUGGUGGAGGGCCAAGAUGGCCACUACAGCACAACUGUCAUCAGGCGGGCACAAAAGGGCCGACUGGCGGCACUGCGAGAUGAGCCAAAUAAGGACUACCCGUCGUUGCGUGGGAGUGUCAGUCACCUCCUUGGCAGCGAUAUCGAGCCAGAGUCCGAUUUGGAUGACGAUGUUAGCUCCGCCCUCCUGUCUCCCAGCGGCCAAUCAGAUGCUCAGACCCUCGCUCUCAUGCUGCAGGAGCAGCUUGACGCUAUUAAUGAAGAGAUCAGAAUGAUUCAGGUGGAGAGAGAGUCAGCAGACUUGCGUUCUGAUGAGAUUGAGUCUCGCGUGAACAGCGGCAGCAUGGACGGACUCAACGUGACACUGCGACCCCGUGCCCUGCCCACCUCUGCCACUGCCCAGUCCCUGGCAUCAUCAUCCUCCCCGCCCACCAGUGGGCGCUCUACACCUAAACACCAUGCACGCAAUGCCAGCCACCAGCUAGGCAUCAUGACUCUGCCAAGUGACUUGAGGAAACACCGCAGGAAAGUAACAUCUCCAGUUGAGGUUCGGGAGGACAAAGCCACCAUCAAGUGUGAGACAUCUCCUCCCUCCUCACCCCGUAGUUUACGGUUGGAAACCAACUUCGCCCAGUUUACAGGCAGUCUAGAGGAUGGCCGAGGCAGCAAGCAGAAAAAAGGCAUUAAGUCAUCUAUCGGCCGUCUGUUUGGGAAGAAAGAGAAGGGUCGAAUGGACCAAAAUGUGGGCAGGGAGGGGCAGCCUCUAUCAACCUUACCAGACUUUGAGAUGGGUAUUGGGGACACCAUGACUCUGGGAAAAUUGGGCACCCAGGCCGAGAGGGACCGCAGGAUGAAGAAAAAACACGAGCUUCUGGAGGAGGCCAGGAGAAGAGGGCUCCCCUUUGCCCAGUGGGACGGUCCAACUGUCGUCUCCUGGCUAGAGCUGUGGGUUGGUAUGCCAGCAUGGUAUGUGGCGGCCUGUCGCGCCAAUGUGAAGAGUGGAGCCAUCAUGUCGGCUCUGUCGGACACAGAAAUCCAAAGGGAGAUUGGCAUCAGCAACCCCCUGCACCGGCUCAAGCUGCGCCUGGCCAUUCAGGAGAUGGUCUCCCUUACCAGCCCGUCUGCACCACUCACCUCCAGAACGUCCUCCGGAAAUGUGUGGGUGACUCAUGAAGAGAUGGAGAACCUGGCUUCCUCCACUAAAGCGGAGAGUGAGGAGGGCAGCUGGGCGCAGACUCUGGCCUAUGGAGACAUGAAUCAUGAGUGGAUAGGAAAUGAAUGGCUGCCCAGCCUUGGUCUGCCCCAGUACCGCUCCUACUUCAUGGAGUGUCUGGUGGAUGCCCGCAUGCUGGACCACCUCACCAAGAAGGACCUGAGGAGCCACCUCAAGAUGGUGGACAGCUUCCACAGGGCCAGUCUGCAGUAUGGGAUUAUGUGCUUGAAGAGACUCAAUUAUGACAGGAAAGACCUAGAGCGCCGGAGAGAGGAGAGCCAACACGACAUGAAAGAUGUGCUGGUGUGGACCAAUGAGCAGGUGAUCCACUGGGUCCAGUCCAUCGGUCUGAGGGAGUAUAGUGGCAAUUUGUUGGAGAGCGGUGUCCAUGGGGCGCUCAUCGCUCUCGAUGAGACCUUCGACUACAGCAGCCUAGCACUCAUCCUGCAAAUCCCUAUGCAGAACACACAGGCACGGCAGGUCUUGGAGAGGGAGUUCAACAAUGUGCUGGCCUUGGGGACCGACCGCCGUUUGGAGGAGAGUGGGGACGAUAAGACGUUUCGGCGCUCUCCAUCGUGGCGUAAGAGGUUUCGGGCACGUGAGGGAGGCACCGGGCUGGGGAUGAUGGCGGGGUCAAUGGAGACACUACCUGCUGGCUUCCGCAUGCCCUCCAUGUCUGUGCCACCCUCCAUGAAUUUAGUGCCCAAGAAACAGCUGCAGCCUGAAGCUCCUCCCCCGGCGCCUCCGAGACUCGAUCCCUCGGCCAUACGGACCUACUCAUGCUAACUCCUCUCCGCUUACUAACAGGAGCGCUAAUGCUAACAGUGCAUUCUCAUUACUUGUAUGGACACAUGCUUGCGGCCUUUCGAGAGUGAUAUGCCAAAUCUGGAGAGGGAGACCUGGGUGCCAGAGGGGGUUUUCAUCACCAGCCCCUUUGCUCUCCAGCCUCGCCUCCCACCUUUCACUUCUCACCUCUCCUUCGGACACGUGCAAUACAGAGGCCAACUCUGACCUUUGAACUCUGAGAGUGCUCAUUUGGCUGUGCUCGCUGCUGUAAAGGAGACUCGUCCCAGUCUCUCCCAGUUUACCCCCCGUGCUCCCAGUAGCCUUGUUGUCGUGGUGUUGUGCUCCCGCUCCCCUGGUCUCAGCUGUGGGUUCUAGUCCUGGUUAUAGUGCUGACAACAUGGCCCAAGUCCAAACCAAUAUUCUGCUGCCACCACUUCCUUGGCAAUACAAUAGCUGAUUGGGUUGUGAAGGUACGAAAAAGUUAUUUAAGUGUCAAGGUGGCGGUGACUAGUCAUUGAUUUGGACUUGGGAAUGAUGAGUAAUUGUACAAAUGGCAGAUCCCAUUGCACAUUGCCCCCCCUCCUAUCGGUUAUGCAAGGUAUUACUCAUUUAUCAUUUCUGUACAUAAAAUGGAUGACUUAUGUUUUUUAUAGAAAUAUUAUAUAUAAAUAUAAAUAUAAAUAUAAAUAUAUAUAUAUUGGAAAUAUAUAUGGAGAAUAAUCUAAUAUCAUUGCUGUAUGAAACCCAAUGCCCUGUAUUUGGUAGUGACUGUUCUCUCUCUCUUUCUUUCUUUCUCUCUCUCUCUGUGUUGGACCUUUGUGUGUCUUCUGUAUGCUGUAAGUGUGGGAAUCGUUCGUGGGGGGAACACACUAAGGAGGGUUGUGUUUCUAAAAGGACUCCUCACAGGUUCAUGGGUCCAAUUUAAACUCCUCUCUUUGCCUCUUCUUUUUUUCCCCCUGUCUCCUCUCCUCUUUUGACACUAUGUAGCCGUUACCUCUCUCCUUCUCUGUCCUCCUCUCUUGCCUUCUGUAUGACACUAUGUAGCCUAGAAUAGAGAGGAUCCUUUAAUAUGAAUCUGUGCGAGUGCGUGUGUAUGUGUAUGAAUGCGUGAAACCAGUGUCUCCUUGCUCGAGACUUGAUGACGUCGAGAAGCGAAGUGCAAGGCCAAACCCCAGCCAUGCGACCAUGAGUUUUCUCUGUGGAUGGGUAGUGUGAAUACUGUAGCUCCUCUCUGUUGAUUCCUUACUUCCUUUCAAAUCAAACUGUAAACUGCUGCUCGGCAUCAGCCAACGAUAUCCAUGUAAAACUGCUCAAAGUGUCGGAGACAACACCUCUGACUCUGUCCCACCACCUCCCGUUUAAUCGCCAUGGAGACGUGCCAGAGAGUGGUCAGUGCAAACUGGCUGACCAACUCCUCGUCCAAUGAGAACACGGCAUAUCGGUGAACCAGUGAAGUAUUGGAUGGGUGUACAAUCAUUUUUUUAUUAUUAUUUUACAGUUUUUUCAAGGUGUCUAAAAGGUGUAAUGUGCUAUGUGGCAGCUAUGAGUACUGUAUGUGUAUUUAUUCCAGGUGUGAAAUGAUGCUGACAAAUCAAGAUUUUAUUAUUUGGCUAUUUAAAAAGUGUACUGUAUUUAUGACACUAUAUAGACAUAAGUAAAGCUGUUUUUUU